AAGACCUUUGUGGCCGGUAGACCUAUAGUUUUCAGGUUUUCAAAUAUACAAAGAUGUUUAUAUCUGAGUUGACCAAAUAUCUAUCUUUGUCUUUUAUUGUGUUAUUAGGGGUGUUUUACGCAAAACUAUUUUACGUAAAUAGGAGACAGCUUAAAUUUGCAUGGCAUAAUAAUGGAUUCUUUCUUCCUAUACUACCUAUUUUGGGAUCUACGUACGUGAGCAUUUUUGCUAAAAGAAGAAACGUCUUGGCUAUUGCAAAUUGGUGCUUUAAAUAUAUAGGAGGACCACUUAACUUUUGGAAUGGGCAUAUAUACUGUUAUGCUACCAAUAAUGCCGAAGAACUAAAAAUUAUAAUGAACCAUCCCAAAUGCCUUAAUAAAGGUAAAGUUUACAUAGAUGUGGAAAGGAUUUUAGGAGUAAACAGUUUAGCCUUUGCUUUAUCUGAUACUUGGCGUGGACGAAGACGGCAUUUUUUAAAAAACUUUAAGACUGGAAUCUUAAAAACUUACAUAGAGACAUAUUAUAAAUGCAGCAUCAAGCUUGUAGAUGAUCUAAAAAAAUUAAAUGGUGAUGUAACUUCUCCAAAGUUACUUAAUACGUAUGUGUUUAAAGCUUUUAGUGAAACUUCACUUGGAAUUAGUGAACAAGAAUGUCAAGGCGAAAUAAUGGAAUUCGGCAAGCUAAGAUUAAAAAUAGAAGAAGCUAUUACAUCCAAACUUCUGCUACCAUUUUUGCCCUUUUCUUGGUGGUCAUACUGUUUUCCUUUGGGGCGCAAAUAUAAGGAGUAUUACGAUAGAAUUAAAAUUAUUGUCGAGAGGAUUGUACGAGAAAAGAAAAUAAAAAUAGCACAAGACCUAGAUUACAUUGAGAAUAGUACUGAACUACCACUUUUGGAUCUAAUCUUGAGCUACAAUAACAAAAUAUCGUCAGAAGAGGAAAUAUGUCAAGAAAUUAUUUUGUUUGGAAGUGCGUCUAACGAAACCAGUUCCUUGGUUCUCUUCUUGGGACUUACGUUGCUAGGAGUUUACCAGGAUAUUCAGGAAAAUGUUUAUAACGAAGUUAUGACAGAAAUAGGAGAUAACGAUAUUACUUCUCAAAAUGUCGGCUUUUUAAAAUACACUGAAGCAGUUAUAUCUGAAAUUUUGAGAUUGCUACCACCUUUACCUCUUAUUAGCCGAAAAACUGGAGCGGAUAUAGACAUUGGUACUAAAAUUGUCCCAAAAGGUACAGACAUAUUAGUGCCCUUGUACCAACUCCACAGGAAUCCAAAAUACUGGGAGAAUCCAGAAAAAUUUGAUCCUACUAGAUUUUUACCUGAAAAUAUAAAUAAAAUUGUGCCAUAUUCGUACAUGCCAUUUUCUGCUGGACCUAGGGAUUGCAUAGGAAAACAUCAAGCGAUGGCUCUUCUGAAAAUCACAUACGCAAAUGUCAUUAGAAACUUCAGAAUACGAAGUACUCACACAUCUAUUCAGGACUUUGAUUUAUGCUCUGCUAUUACAUUAUAUCCUAAUAAACAUUUGGAUCUUCGCUUUGAACUAAGACAAAAUUAAUACUGUUAUUUUUAAGAGUAAGUUUUUAGAGAUUAUUGAGAUUUGUCAAUUUCAUAUUGCUUUUUAAUGCAAAUUAAUAUUAAGCAAAAACCUCCGAAAUAAUGAAUUAGGGAAACGUUAUGUUCGAUAACCAAUAGAUAUGAGAAAAUAAAAUUAUUACUAUUUUAUCAAUAUUGUUAUGUCAUAUGAAUAAAACAUAUUUUAAUAAUUAAUAAUAAAGGAUA